CCCUUGUUUUCCUCGAUAUGACAACGGAGUCGGCAACCAUACGCGUGAAUGAGAUCAGUCGAUCUUGUAAUCGUCCCUUGUGUACGUCGUUGCCAUUUCUUACGUUUGCUAGCAAUUUUCAUUCGUAUAGAUAAAGUACAAAUUCAACGAACUCUCAUCGUUAUGAUAUUUUCUAUUAUAUAAAUUUUUGAAAUGAUUGUAAAACUGAUAUGAUAUUUUCUAUUAUAUAAAUUUUUGAAAUUAUUGUAAAAUUGUCGAGAAAGAUAAUAUUUGAAAUACAUCCGCAAAAUGACAGAGAAAAGCAAGACAAAAUCUCGUGUGUAUUUGGCAGGGAAAGAAAGCACGGUUAAAGCCGUUGAACUACUACAAAGUAGGUUAAAUAAUAGAAAGCGAAGUUGGGAUAAUAAGGAUAACGAUAAGAGUCACAAAAUGACACAUCGUUGUACAAGCAUGCCGUUACAAAAGAAAUCGGAUUAUGUAUCUCUUACAGGAUUUUCCAAAAGUUUACUUAUGUUAGAGGUUAGAUCGCAUUUAGGUAAACAAAACUGGAAGCAUAUACAACACUUAUUUCCAUACUUAUUAGAUUAUUCCAAUGAAAUUGAGUAUUUAAUUUGGCGUUAUGCAUUAACGAUUUUGUUAUAUAGUCCCAAUAGCAAGUCAUCCAAUUUACAACAAUUUUUAGAAAUUUGCGUUGGUAAUCAUAGACUGAACGAUAGGAAAGAAUUAGAGAAAUUAUUGUUAUUACAAAGUAAGAACUUUGGCAAUUCAUAAAUGUGUUAUUAACAUAUUGAAUGCCAUUGGAAUCACCAACAAUUGGUACUGAAUUUGUUUAUAGCGUCAUAAGGACCACCGGUAACUGGUUACACCAAGAUCAGUAAAAUCACAUGAUUACAAUAAAUAUGAAUAUUUAUAAAUUUUUCAAUACUAUUAUCGUUAAUACAAUGUUGUGAAGACCCUAGGUAAGACAAAUUUAUUGAAUAUGAUUGUAUAUCUCAACUUAUCUGUUGUAAAUAAUAUUUUAAAAUAAUAUGUAUCGUACAAUGACA